AUGGAUGAGGGCCCCGAUAAGGCCCCUCGGCGGAAGAGGGUGUCCAGGGCCUGUGAUCGGUGCCGCAGUAAGAAGGACAAAUGUGAUGGGAUCCGUCCUACUUGCUCCGCAUGUCAGGCAUCGGGCCAGACAUGCUCCUACGACCCCCAUGCGAAGAAGCGCGGUCUACCGGAGGGCUAUGUGCGUGGGCUGGAGAAAUUGUGGGCACUGUCCAUCUGUAACAUCGAUGGCUUCGAGGAUACCAUGCUGGCCAUGCUGGGCACCACCGCGGAAGCAGCGGGCCGUCGGGAUAAAAUAAUGUCGGUGUGGACCGAUGACAGCUCGUCGGAGAGCUUGCAUGAAACCUGGAAGACGAGCCGUUUGUAUAGCGCAUUGGAGAAGAUGCUAUCCAACUCAGAGGCCUCCCUGACGACGGGCAAACGCUCGCGCAACCCACACGAUGAUCAACCGGAGAGCUCUGGCGGACAAUGGGGAUAUCGUGUGGCGAGAGAGUCGACUCCACUGGGCCCGGAAGCGCCGCGGAUUGUCGGGUUAGCCAUUGGCUCGCCGAACGCGAAACGAGCCCGCAUGUCCCAGGCAUCGGAUGGUCGGGGCGUUUCGCAGUCGGCCAAUGGCUCUCAUACCCUACAGCUGCCCCUGCACACAUCACAACUACUCGACAUCUACUUUGCAACGACGCACUCUUGGCUCCCAAUCGUCGCGAAGCAUAACAUUCUUCGUGCUUCGUACCUCUAUGCCAAUGCGCCCUUUUCCGUGGCGACCAUCUCCCCAGGAUCUGGGGACCACGCUGCCUUAUGGGCUAUUCUCAGCUACACCAUCACACAGUCCCCCACCAACACUCGGGUGAACCCCGCCGGGGCCAUCUCCCUAGCAAAGGAGUACUAUGCCGUAUCUCGAAAUCUUAUACCGUCAGAAAGAGAACGCUAUGAACUUGGUCAUAUCCAAGCAUUGUUGCUCCUGAGUUUGGUGAACAUGGGUCUUGAAGAUUGGACUGCUGCGUGGCUGCUGAGCGGCCAAGCGGUGCGCAUGGCCAUCGCAAUGGGCUUGGGUGCCUUUGCGGACACACGCCGCUCCGACGAAUUAAGACAGGGCAAAGCCGUCUUCUUGGGCUGCUUUGUGAUUGACUCCUUGCUGUCCUUCCGACUCUCUCGAUGCCCGGCGAUGUCCUCAAAUGAUCUAUCGAAUGUCGGUCUGCUAGAAGAGGACGGAUUGGAGGAGUGGAACUCAUGGGUGGAUGUCCUGCCCCCAAUGGGAGUUUCACACGGUAAGAAUCCUCCCAGGAGGGGGCCAUUGCUGUCCCUAAGCUGCUUCAAUCGCUUGGUCGAAUUGGCAAGUGUGCUCAACAAGAUUUCACGAAAUCUGUCCAUGGGAUACAAACCGGCCAGCUUCGCCCAGCAGCUGGUGAUGGAUCUCAAGCAGUGGGACGAUAACCUGCCGCUAGCAUGUCGGUUGAUCGGACCAGAGAGUAUCUACCCCGAACGACACUCGGCUCUGUUGCCGCACCAGAGCUACCUAGGAUUGACCUAUGUCGCUACGCUGCUCUGGCUUUACCUACGCAUCAUCCCUGGGGAGCAGGGGUUACGUCGGUCACAGCGUCCCGCCACGGAAGGGGCAAAGAAGCUCCUCUACCGGGGACUGUCGAUGAUCUCCCAGCAUCUGGAAAACUUCUCCAUGUGCGGGCUCCCACCUAUCUUCGAGUUUGGAUUGCGCACGAUUUUCGAGCAAGCGUGCUCGCUGCAGCAAACUGUGGACUCCCCUGAUACCUUCCCCUUCCUUCGCUGGGCCGACGAGCUCCGUCAGAAGAUAACAACCCUGCUCCCAAGUUGGCCGGUGUAUGGCUCCUUGGUCUCUUCGAUGGAGCGCUGGCAGCAGCCCCAUAAUCUCCCUGGAACAUCGCAGCCAUUCUCUGGGCACGCUGCUCCUUUGCUACCUGGGGUUGUUCCCAUGGCUGGCGCCAUGCAGCCUCCGGGGAGUGGCCAUCAUGCCCUGCCCCCGCCUGAUCAAGGAAGCUACGCAUCAUCCAUUCUGGCCAUUAGCAUCCCAGUAGACGGGCAAUCCCUGACCCCCAAGGAUACAGUUAUGGAGAACACCGAAAUGGUCAUGAUGGAUCCGUCUGUGCAACCGCCACUUGUCCCCGCAGACCAGGUCACUCCGCGCAGUGGACCAGACCAAAUAUUCCCGCCGGGCAGUUCUCACCCGCAACCGCCUACCCCUGAUUCUUCUGUCUCUAACCCCAUGAUGGCGGGAAACCCGCCCACAAAUGAUCGCCCUGUCCCCACGGGUGACCGUAUGGCCUUCAACCCCGCUGGCACGGGCGAUCUCGACGCGAUCUUCAAGGACCUGGCAUACCUGGACACCACUGAAUGGUCCAACAACCGCGAGGAGGGGCUAAAAGACUUUGGUUUCCUGGAUGAGAGUACCUUUCAAGCAUUCUGCCACGACCCCGAUCGUCUCGUGAGAUCUCAGCCCUUGGUACACCCGCCCUCGAUCGCAGACAUCUGGCCACCUCCUGGAUUCUUCCCGGAAACCUUCCAAGAGGUACCUGAGAAAACCAUCAACGGCUGA